AAAAAACACUUGACUCUCUCUAUCAAUCUGUAAAAACAAAACUAAGAUAUAUUUGUUGUUGUUCCAAAAAGAAUGGGAGAAACUGCUUGUCUCAUGCAGCCAUUCUCAUAUGCAGCUCCUGAGGGAGGAGGAGACUCUCUUGUUGCUUCUUUAGGACAGUCUGUGUCCUUCGGGAGAUUCAUGUCCGAUAAACUUGACUGGGAGAAAUGGUCUGCUUUCUCCACCUCCCAGAACCCUUAUGUGGCCGAGGCCGAGAGGUACUCUAAGCCAGGCUCUGUUGCUCAGAAGAAAGCUUUCUUUGAAGCUCACUACAAGAAACUCGCUGCUGCUAGGAAAGCUGCUGCUGAAGAAGCCCUCUUGCUUCAACAGCAAUCCCAACCAGAUAAGCUUCCAGUUCCAGCAGUUCAACAAUCAGAUAUCAAUUGUCUUGUUGGAAAGAAAGAUGGGCUGGUCUCGAAACCGGAUCUUGAGCUUCCCAGAGGAUCCUUAGAUGCUGCUGCUGCUCAAUUGAAAUCACUUACAGAGAAACAAGGCGGCUGCGGAUUUGGUAUUAGACAGUCUUCUGACGAGAAAGAGAACUGUGGGAUGCCUGAGUCAGAGAUCAAUGGUGGUGGCAAAGUUUCUACACAAGCAGAGGAGGAGAAGAAGCCUAUACUUCUUAAGAAGAAAUCCAAAGAUUCACAACNGUCUGAAUCGACCGAGAAGAUGUCGGUUUCGAGGAAAGUUGGUAAAGUUGAAACGAAACAACAGUCCCAAGGAAGCGAUGAUACGAAAGAAUCAGAAACAACAGGUUCGACAGAGUCUGAAGGGAGAUUCAGCACGUUGAAGUUAUGGGUGAUAGCACUGUGGUUGAUAUCUGGUGUAGGGUUCCUAGUAGUGAUGCUGUUGGUGUUCUCGACUCGUAAAGUGAGAGGAACAACAAGAGGGAAAGGGUACAGAAACAAGAGACGAACUUCGUACUCGAACACGGGUUUCAUGGACACAAAAUGAUCGAGAAAGAGUGAAGGCUUACUUGAUUCAAGAGUAUGAGAGCAUUGUGUAGAUACAAACUAAACCAAAGCUAAAAAGAAAAAAGGUGAGACAAUUUACUCUUUGGAUUUUCCCCCCAAAGUCAGUCAUAUAGGUUUACUUUGUACUUUUCAGGGAUUUGUGUUUUUUUUUUUCUUUUCUUAAUUUCUGAAUUCGUAUUUCUGCUA